AUGAAUCAGACCCCUCAAAUAGCGACUGAUCUACUGACAAACCCUCCACCUGAACUCGAGAGACUCUUGAACGAUCCUAGGACAACCGAUGAAGCUCGUCAAUCCAUCAAAGAAAUAUCGAUAGUGUCGCCUCCUCCAACGACUAAUGGAACAGCGAAUACCAUCAAGUCAAAAUCACAAGAUGGUAUAAACAAUUCAGGUGAAGGGAGAUUACAAAUCGUUAAUGAACACCAGGAAUUCACCCAAGAACUCUCACCCUAUUUAGACAAAUGGGGAUUACUAGAUAAAGGGUUCGCUUACGAUGUAGUAUCUGUAUUUGGAUCUCAAUCCACUGGAAAAUCAACUCUGUUGAACAGAUUAUUUGGAACUAGUUUCGAUGUUAUGGAUGAAUCUAGAAGACAACAAACGACUAAAGGCAUUUGGAUGUGUCCUUCGUCUUAUGGAAAUACGUUAGUGAUGGAUGUGGAAGGUACAGACGGCAGAGAAAGAGGCGAAGAUCAAGAUUUCGAAAGAAAAAGCGCUUUAUUCAGUUUGGCUAGUACAGAGGUAUUGAUCGUGAAUCUUUGGGAACAUCAAAUUGGUCUAUAUCAAGGUGCCAAUAUGGGUCUUCUGAAGACAGUCUUCGAGGUCAAUCUGGGAUUAUUUGGUGGUGGCGGUGAUAGCACGAAAGCAAAACCUCAGGAGAAAACACUCAUCCUUUUCGUCAUUCGUGAUCAUGUCGGAGCAACACCAAUGAGCAAUUUGACCGCUACUUUGACACAGGAUAUGGAAAAGAUCUGGGCUAGUCUGUCAAAACCACCUCACCUUGCCGACGCUACUCUUACAUCCUAUUUCGAUCUAUCAUUCGCUGCAUUGCCACACAAAGUCCUCAUGCCUGAGAAAUUCGAAUCUGAAGUGAUAGAGCUUCGUAAACGAUUCACAGAUCGAUCAAGAUCGGAUUACGUUUUCCAGCCAAGCUAUCACAAGCGAAUCCCAGCGGAUGGAGUUGGAUUUUACAUGGAAGGGAUUUGGCAACAAGUCUUGACCAACAAAGAUCUUGAUCUACCUACGCAGCAAGAGCUCCUCGCGCAAUUCAGAUGUGAUGAGCUCUCUGCUGCUGUCACCGAAACUUUCUUGGCUAGUUCGAAAAUUGUCAGAAGACCUGUAGAAGCAGGCACAGUUGUCGAGGGUCUAGGUUCGCUCAUGAAAGAUUGGCUAGAUACGGCUUUAGGCAAAUUCGAUCGGGAUGCUUCGCGAUAUCACGCGGGAGUAUAUCAACGUAAGAGAUUAGAUCUCUUAUCUGGGUUACACGCAUCCUUAUCAUCGCUUUUCCUUGGUCAACUCAAAAAUCUACACAAGACUGAAACCGCUAAAUUUUCAAAAGAUAUAAUCAAAGGAACGAAAGAAGUCGGAUACGAUUUCGCUAAAGUCGUCAAUGAGGGCAAAGCUUCGGCCAGAGAGCGAUUCUUGAACGGUGCCAAGGAAGUCAAAGUGGAUGGAACAGAUUGGGAAUAUGAACAUGAAUUAGCAUCAUUGGAUGAAGAUUUGAAACUGAUCGCUGAUAGAUGUAGAGCUGAUGAGACUAAGAAAAUGGUCAAUAGCAUAGAGCGAAAUGUCAAAAGACAGCUUUUGGAACCUGUCGAAGUCGCUCUGUCACAACCUUCACCCAAGAUGUGGGAUACCGUGUUGCAAACUUAUAAAGACGUAAGCGAAGACGCUGAGGAGUCAUAUCUUUCCAAAGCGAAGAGCUAUCACUGCUCAGACGAAGAGAACGACGUUGCUCUUGCAUCCCUCAGAGCUCGAGCAUGGUUGUCACUCCGAAGAAAAUUGGAAGAGCAGACUUCUGAUGCGACAAUACUGGCUACCCUAAGAGCCACAUUUGAAGAGAGAUUCAGAUAUGACGAAGCUGGUGUACCUAGAGUAUGGAAACCUGCGGAUGAUAUCGAAGGUGCAUUCACCAAAGCAAAAGACGAAACUUUAGCUCUUUUACCUUUAUUCUCCAUUGUUUCACCAUCGACAUCAUCUUUGCUCCCCACCUUACCUUCACCCGAAUCAUCGUUUGAUGUAGAAUCAGAUCCGACACCCUUUGACCCAUCAACAGCUUUCGUUUUGCUCUCACCCACGAAAAUACUGUCACUGGAAACUCGUUUCAAGAGAGAAGCAGAUGCAGCUUACGUAGAAGCUAAACGAUCAAUGGUUUCUUCUGUUGCUCAAAUCCCAAUAUGGAUGUAUGGAGUUUUAGUUGUGUUAGGUUGGAAUGAGGCUAUGGCUGUCCUGUUCAACCCUCUGUACUUCGCAAUGUUACUCGUUUUAGGUGCUUCUGCAUAUAUAAUUCUUCAGUUGGGAUUAGCAGGACCAUUGCUUCAAGUUACCAGAACAGUUUUCUCAGAGGUGAAACGUAUAGGGACAGAUAAACUAAGAGAAGCGUUUGCUGAAGUUCCCGAAGCUCAAAGAGUAUUGGCUCAACCCUACCUCGCCAGUGGUGAUUCAAGUGACGGCUUAAGAGGUGAUGAGAGGAGAAAAGGUGAUUUGUUAGCAGAAAAGGUCGUUGAAAAGUAG